GACUACUUGACAGAAUGCACAUGAUGACAGUCACACAGCUGGGUGUAUGGGCUGGAUUGCUCUGCCCCUAUCUGCUCACUGCAAGCAUCCCACAAGACUGUAGGGAAGACCAGGGUAGCCUCUCCCGCUGCCCCUCCAUCUCCCAAGAGAAACUUCUUGACCGAGUCAUCCAGCAUGCUGAGCUCAUCUACCGUGUCUCAGAAGAAUCAUGCUCUUUGUUUGAGGCGAUGUUUGUCCCAUUUCCAUUACAGCUCCAGAGUAACCAAGCUGGCUAUACAUGCAUCACCAAAGCCUUACCCCUCCCGAGCUCCAAAAGUGAAAUCCAACAGAUAUCUGACAAAUGGUUGCUCCACUCUGUGCUGAUGCUGGUCCAGUCAUGGAUCGAGCCAUUGGUCUACCUUCAGACCACAUUGGAUCGCUACGAUGAUGCUCCUGACAUGCUGCUCAACAAGACCAAGUGGGUCUCUGAAAAACUGAUCAGUCUGGAGCAAGGGGUGGUGGUCCUCAUCAAGAAGAUGUUGGAUGAGGGAAUGAUGACAACAAGCUACAGUGAGCAAGGCGUCUUCCAGUAUGAUGUGCAGCCAGAGAUGUUGGAAUCUGUUAUGAGGGACUACGCCUUACUCAGUUGCUUCAAGAAAGAUGCCCAUAAGAUGGAGACUUUCCUAAAGCUUCUCAAGUGUCGACAAACUGACAAAUACAACUGUGCAUAAAACAUAAAUUGCAGCUUUUAAAUAAUACAGUGUUUAGCUUGAAAUUAAUUCCUAAGGUUGGUAGCCAUGCACUUAUAGUUAUGACCAUGCCUUGGGCGAUCCAGCCUUGCUUGCAGUGCAGUACAUUCUUUAUUGAUUGUUUUGGAACACCUUCACACAAAAAUAAGUAGGUGUAAUGCUGUGCCCUUUCUUCGUCAUACUGCAUUUUAUAUUCCCCUGCUCAGUUGUUAUUUUAACCCAGCAAAGGCAACAGAGGGCAAAUUCCCAAAAGAUUAUUUGCGUGUCGAGCUGUCAAAAGAAAUCUGCAUAUCCCGCCAUUGAUUUCCAUUUCCUUUGUUCUUAACCGGAGUUUGUAUUCCUCUCUGGCUCUUGCAGUGUUUUGAUUAUUCCCACGGCCCCCAGAGUAUUCAGUGUGACUCCCUUUUAAAUGGAGUUAGUUUCACUUCUGCAUUAGUGAAAUGAAACACUUCACUGGAGAUGGGAGUCAAACAGAGAGCAAUCACUACUUAAAAAAGAGACACAUUUUGAUUGGUGAAAGACAGUGUGAGAAAUGAAGAGAGAGAACAAAUAACAGCUAAAAUGAGCGGCAAAUCUUCUCUGGAAAUUUUGGUUGGACACAGAUUUAGAUUUGAUGAGUGCCCAUGGAAGAAACAUGAAUAUUUCUAUGCCUAAAUGUGCCUAAUUCAACCCGAAUGUAGUAAAAUAAGUGUAAUAUUCACUUUAAAUGAUCAAGGCAUAGACAGUUUCAAUUGUAAUUGUAAGAUGUUAUUUAUAUGUAAUGCAGAAUGCAAACUAUAUUUUGCUCUUAUGUGUAAAUAGGUUAAGCCCAAUGUACUGCAUAAACCUUUUAGUCAACUGCUGUUUGAUUUAUAGCUCUAAUAAAGAAAGAAUA